ACCCCGCCCUCCUCCACCCCGGGCUCUCGAGUCCUAUUUCCUGGGCUCAGGCCGACCACGCGGGGAGAUUCUGCGCUUCCCAGCACCCAGGCGGCUGUGACCCAGAGCGGCCGUGGGCGCAUGGAGGGGACCUCGCAGGGGGCGGCGCCCGCCGCGGCGCUGGCCGCCGUGCUUAAGCACAGCUCUGCCUUGCCGCCUGAGAGCGCCAAGGUGCAAGGUUACGACUUCAACCGCGGCGUUGAUUACCAGGCACUUCUGGACGCCUUCGGCACCACUGGCUUCCAGGCUACCAACUUUGGUCGCGCGGUGCAGCAAGUCAACGCCAUGAUUGAGAAGAAGCUGGAGCCGCUACCAGAAGAUGAAGACCAUCACGAAGAUCUGACGCAGAGCCGCCGCCCACUCACUGGCUGCACCAUUUUCUUGGGCUACACAUCCAACCUCAUCAGUUCUGGCAUCCGGGAGACCAUUCGCUACCUCGUGCAGCACAACAUGGUGGAUGUGUUGGUGACGACUGCUGGAGGCGUGGAAGAAGAUAUCAUCAAGUGCCUGGCACCCACUUACCUUGGCGAGUUCAGCCUCAGUGGGAAGGAGCUCCGGGAGAAUGGUAUCAACAGGAUUGGGAACCUGCUGGUGCCUAACGAUAAUUACUGCAAGUUUGAGGACUGGCUCAUGCCCAUUCUGGACCAGAUGGUGCUGGAACAGAACACAGAGGGUGUGAAGUGGACACCUUCCAAGAUGAUCUCCCGACUUGGCAAGGAGAUCAACAACCCAGAGUCUGUGUAUUAUUGGGCUUAUAAGAACCACAUUCCUGUGCUGAGCCCUGCGCUCACAGAUGGCUCACUGGGUGACAUGAUCUUCUUCCAUUCCUACAAAAACCCAGGCUUAGUUUUGGACAUCGUUGAAGACCUACGCCUCAUCAACAUGCAGGCCAUUUUCGCCAAGCGCUCUGGCAUGAUCAUCCUGGGUGGAGGUAUGGUCAAGCACCACAUCGCCAAUGCUAACCUCAUGCGGAAUGGGGCUGACUAUGCUGUCUAUAUCAACACUGCCCAGGAGUUUGAUGGUUCAGACUCAGGAGCCCGGCCAGAUGAGGCUGUCUCUUGGGGCAAGAUCCGGAUGGAUGCUCAGCCAGUAAAGGUCUAUGCUGAUGCUUCUCUGGUCUUCCCCCUGCUGGUUGCUAAGACAUUUGCCCAAAAGGCAGAUGCCUUUACAACUGAGAAGAAUGAGGACUAAGAAGAUUGGUGAAGAUUGGGGGUAUUUGCUAUUCCUUUAUUUAUUAACUUUAUACACCAGUCCCUCCCUGGGCCCACCCAUCCCUUGAUCAGCAGCAUCUCUAGAAUAAACGGUCUUUGUUAGGUCUUGUGA